AUACAUAACCAACAACAAUGUCGUCGGUCGCGUCCAAGGGAGACGCGAGAGCCGAGUGAGGAUCGCGUGCAGCGCGGCGACGAUGCCGAGGUAGUCGCCGUCGAUUUCUCUCUCCUCUCUCUUUCUCCCUUCCUCGCACGAUCGCGAGGAGGUGAGCCGUGAGCGCGCGCGGCCGUCCGUCCAUCCGUGUGUGUGCGUGCGUGAUAUUCGGCCCGCCGUCUCGACGGUCGAGGUGAACGGUGAACGCUUGUUGAAAGUCGGCGGUGACGCGGUCGGUAUCGGGAGCUGUUGUCCCCGCAUCGCACGGAUGCGCCGUCCCCGUUGAGCCCCGGGAGACUUGCGAGCGCGGACCCCCGCCUCCCGGUGCCGGACAGUGGCCCGCGAACAUGGAGGACUACAAGUUUCUCUUCAAGGUCGUGCUCGUGGGGAACGCCGGGGUGGGCAAGACCUGCCUGGUGCGACGAUUCACUCAGGGUUUAUUUCCACCUGGACAAGGUGCAACGAUUGGAGUUGACUUUAUGAUUAAAACUGUCGAAGUAGAAAAUGAAAAAGUCAAGUUGCAAAUCUGGGAUACUGCAGGUCAGGAAAGAUUUCGUUCCAUUACUCAAAGUUAUUAUAGAUCAGCACACGCAUUGAUAUUAGUUUAUGAUAUUUCUUGUCAACCUACGUUCGAUUGUUUGCCAGAUUGGUUGAGGGAAAUCGAGGAAUAUGCGAGUAAUAAAGUUCUUAGGAUAUUAGUAGGAAAUAAAAUUGAUCGAGAAGAUAGAGAGAUACCGACGCACGUAGGAGAAGAUUUUGCGCAAAGGCAUGGGAUGUACUUCUUAGAAACGUCCGCCAAAGAAGCGGAAAAUGUAGAAAGAUUAUUUAUGGAGAUAGCAGCUGAACUUAUGGAGCAAGCACGCAGUAAGGAAUUACCUCGGUAUGAAACGAAUACAACUUCAAUAAACGGUAAAACGACGUCAAUCGGUGAUAGUAGUAAUUGCGGUUGUAGCAGACUCUCCUAAGUAAUUUUUGUAUGUUAUACCUUUUUUUAUAGACACGGUGAUUGAAAUCGAGCGUAUCAAUAUUUGAUAAUUUAGGAAACGUAUAGUACAUGUAUAUCUUUGAUACACAGUGUUAUUGUUUAGUGUUAUGAUAUUAUAUGCUACGUUGCUUUAUACUAUGUUGUAAGAUAUAUUUAAUAUUUAAAACAUAUUUAAACCAACAAUUUAAAUAUGUCAUUAAGCACUCUAGCUUAUAGGACAUUAAAUUUUUAUAGAUAUAUAGCGCAAUUUUACGCUCUAUUAUUCGCGUUUUAAUUUCAUUGAAGUAACAUUGCUUGAUGUUAAAUUGUUUAAGCAUUUAUUUCCAUUUGCGCAAUGGAAAUUUUUGUUUUAUAUAAUUGUAGUGUUUUCUUUUUUUUUUGUUACUUCGAAAGUACAAAUAGUUAUUAUCACAAUGGAUUUUGGUAACUCGUCCAAAAUCUUAUUAGUAAUAAUAAGAUUUUUACAACACGUCACAAGCCUACGAUGUAUAAAGUUAUUUCUAAUGUGCAAUAUUUACAUGUGUUUAUCACGCUAUUUUGAAGAAGGCAGCUCACAAUGUGCUCAUAACAGCAUGUUAAAAUUGAGGCAUAAAUGACACUGUAACUCUAGAGAUACAAUAAUCAACGAGAAUGAUUUUUUAUUUUAAUGGAUUAUUUAUUAUGUUAUAAUCUAGAAAAGUGAUAAGAUAUUUAUGACAUUAUUAUAAAGUCUACUAGCAUUUACAUGAUCAGAUCUUGUUAUAUUUACUUUAUAUUUAUAAUUUAUGAAUCUUAUAAACGAUACAUGGUUGAUUAUUAGUUAUUCUGUAUACAUUUCGUAUAUAAUGUUAAAAUGUCUCUAGUCUUUUCACACUUUUUUAAUACUUUAUAUACUCCAAUAUACAUAACCGUUAUAA